AUGGGGGAAUCUGCUGGCAAAAUUGCCCUUAUGGGCUGCGGCCUUGUUUGCCUGGGGCUGCUUAUUUUCGUCAUCGUUAUGCUGGCGUCAAUCAAGGUGGUCAAUGAUCGGCAGCAGAUCCUGUACAUCUUUCCGACAACGAAAGAGGUGAAGAACGGCCCUUUCACUGAGAUCGUCUGGCCUCACAUAACUCACGAAAUGAGAGAAGCUGUUCAAAUCUCAACAAGUGAGUUUGCGGUUCUCAAGCAUGAACGAACACAAGAGCUUCGUCACGUACCUGGUCCCGAGUUCGUCUUCAUGGGGGCCUAUGAGUCAUUAGAGGCAGUGAGGUCAAAGACGGUCUUGCAGAAGCAAGAGUACAUUCGCCUCGUCGACAAGAUGACCGGGGAGGAACGCGUCGUGCAGGGUGCCACCACCUUGGUUCCACGGCCGCUGGAAGAGGCACCUGCGGGUGUGGAGACAGCGAUUGUCAUCGGAGCACAGAAUGCGGUCCUUGUGUACAACAAGACAUCAGGCAUUAAAAGUUUGAUGCGCGAGGCCGGUGCUUUUGUUCCAGCACCCUACGAAGAGAUCCUCAGCGAGCAGCAGGCCGUUCUUCUCGAGCCCCUGGAGUAUGCUGUUGUCAAGGACCUGCUGACUGGCGAGGCACGGAAUGAAGUUGGGCCACAGCUGCUGCAAGCUGGUGCAUAUGAGAGCAUCCUGGAGACCAAGCGAAAGCUUGUUCUGGAGAAGGACGAGUACAUCCAGUUCUUGGAUAAGAAGACGGGCAUGGAGCGGGUCCUGCGAGGCCCGGACCAAGUGGUGCCAGAACCUAAUGAAGAAGCCGCGGAUGGUGUCCAGAAGGCUGUAUUCCUUACGGACCAGCAGGCGGUGGUGGUCCUCAACAGGACUUCUGGACAAAGGCGGCUUGAAACCACCAACGGAGUGUUCUUUCCGGAAGCUUAUGAGAAGGUCCUGGAGGUGAGAACAAAGUACGUGGUGUUGAACAAUCAGGCUGCCGUGACCCGAGAUGUCCUGGGUGCCUUGACAAUGAUCAGCGGAGCCAGUGGAAGUACAGCCUUCUUUUUGCAGCCCUACGAGGAACUAGUGGAGAUGCAGUGGUCUGUCUACGACAGCCCUGAUCUGCAGGACCCAGUUCCGAAGGCAGCGGUGUCCAUGAUUGAUCUCCGAGCACAGAAGAUGUUCUUCAACGUUGAAGUACGCACCAGCGACAAUGUGAAGAUGAGACUGGAGGGUACCAUUUUCUGGCAGGUGAAGGAUGUUCUCACCAUGAUUGCAAUGACAGCUGAUCCUGCGGGUGACGUUUCGCAACGAGCACGAAGCGGACUAGUUUCAGCCGUGAGCCAGAACACCUUUUCAGUCUUCAUGAGUCAGUUCAACAAUAUUACUGCGCAGGCCUAUGCUCAACAAGCAGCAGAUGGCUUCUACAGCUCCCGCGGUGUGGAGUUGCAAAGCAUGGAGAUGACCCGGUACGACAUGGUAGACCAGGAGACGGCUGACAUUCUGCAGCUCAUCAUCCAGGAGUCGACCAACCGCAUCAACCGCCUGCAGCAGCAAGAAAGCGAGAAUGAUGUCUUGGCCGCGAAGCUCGUGGCCGACAUUCAGCUAGAGCAACAGCGCACGGACUUCAUCAGGACACAGGCAAACAACCAGAGGCUGGCAGCUCUUUUAGAAGGUCAAGCUCAAGGUACUGAGCUUGUGGAAAGCGCAGCAGCUUUCAUCGAUGGGCUGAAUGAGACGGUGCCAGAUGUGGCAGACCGCACGGAAUUGUACAGGAUGCAUCAGCUCCUCGAUGCACGGAACACCGACACACACAAUCUCGCCUCUGGCCAGGCCCAGCUCUUCUUGACGCCUUCAAAUCUCAAUCUUCAGCUGAGAAUGGCAAACGACGAGCUGUGA